AUGUCUGAUGGGUGGACAAAUCAAAAGCAACAACCAAUAAUGAAUUUUUUGGUGUAUUGUCCAAGGGGAGCCAUGUUCUUAAAAUUAAUUGACACUUCAGUCCUUACAAAGGAUGCUGAAACUUUGUUUAAUAUAUUUGAUUCUGUUGUUCAAGAAAUUGGUGUGGAAUAUAUUGUGCAAUUGAUUACAGAUAAUGCUUCUGUCUAUAAAAAAGCUGGAAAAAAAUUACAGCAGAAGUAUGGUACUUUGUUUUGGUCUCCUUGUGCAGCUCAUUGCAUAGACUUGAUGUUGGAGAAUAUUGCUAAUCCUAGGUGGUUCCCUCUUAUUGAUGAAGCAAUUAAAAAGGCAAAAAAGAUAACAAAGUUCAUUUACAACCAUGGAGUUGUUUUAGACAUGAUGAGGCAAGACUUUACAAAUGGAAGAGUUAUGUCGUCCUGCAAUUACAAGACUGCCGUUGGGAAGGAGAUAAGUAAAAUUGUUUUGGAAGAUUAUGCGUUUUGGUCUCAAUGCAAGCACAUAGUGAAAGUUAGUGAGCCUUUAGUUAGAGUACUUCGUCUUGUUGAUGGGGAUGAGAAACCUGCUAUGGGGUAUUUGUAUGAAGCAAUGGACAAAGCAAAAGAGGAAAUAAAAAGAAGGUUGAAGAACAAAGUUUCUUUGUAUGGACAUUAUGUUAGAGUUAUUGAUACUAGAUGGGACAAACAACUUCAUAGUCCUCUGCAUGCAGCAGGUUGCUUUCUUAACCCUGCAAUAUACUUUAGACCUUCAUUUAAAAGGCAAAAUGAAGUUCAAAGAGGGUUGCUAAGCACUCUAAUGAGGUUGGUUCCCGAUCCUGACAUUCAAGACAAAAUAAGUUCACAACUUGAUGAGUACAAAAAAUCAAUUGGUGACUUUGGCACAUCACUAGCAAUCCGCCAACGAGAGAGACUAAAUCCAGUUUCAUGGUGGGAGCAAUUUGGACUUGGAGCUCCAGACUUACAAUCAUUUGCCAUUCGUGUGCUAAGUCAAUGUUGUAGUGCAACCAGUUGUGAGAGAAAUUGGAGCACAUUUGAGUAUGUUCACUCAAAUAAGAGAAAUAGAUUGAAACAUAAACGAGUAAAUGAUUUGGUCUUUGUCCAUUAUAAUUUGAGGUUUCGAGAAAGGAACAUUCAAAGGAAUAAAUAUGCAAUGGAUCCUAUAAGCUUGGAUAACAUUGACUUGAUGGGAGAUUGGGUGGCUGAAGAACCUACACUUCUUAAUCCAGAUGACAUAAAUUGGGAUUGCCUUAAUGAAGUGAAUGUGGAAGAGGAUGCUGAAUUUGAAACUAUUGAUGUUGAUGAUGAUGAUGAUGAUGAUGAUGACAACAACAAUGAACAUGUCUUGACAAAUCUUCCAAUGGGUGCUAACUUAAGAGUUAAGAUUAAAUGA